UUAUUCAAACAAAUUCUCCUCUAUACAUAGUGAACCAGAUUUAAGUGGAAAAAGAGAAAUUUAGAAACUGCAGAAAAUAGGAGCAGAGAGGAAAGGUUGGAAUUUGUGAAUUGAAGGAAAAUGACAAUAGAAGAAGAAACUGCUGUUAUCAAACAAGCAAGCCAUGACAAUGGCAAUAGCCAUAACAAUAGCAUUAACAAUGUCAAUGGCAAUGAGAAUCUCAAGAAAAAUAGAAUUCAGGUGUCCAAUACCAAAAAACCACUCUUCUUCUAUGUUAAUCUUGCUAAGAGGUACCUACAACAACAUAAAGAGAUUGAGCUUUCAGCUUUGGGCAUGGCCAUCACCACAGUUGUGACGAUAGCUGAGAUUCUAAAAAAUAAUGGAUUUGUUAACGAGAAGAGUAUCUUGACCUCCACGGUUGGAACAAAGGAUGUAGCCAAGGGUCGUACUGUUCAGAAAGCUAGGAUCGAAAUUGUGCUGGAGAAGUCUGAGAAAUUCGAUAGCUUAAUGAGUGCUUCACAAAAUGCAAAUGCAAAUGGAAAUGGAAAAGUAGAAAACAAGCAGUGACACAAAGAGUAGAUGGAGCCCUGUUUUUGUAGUCUAUUUUAUAUUUAUUGCAAUUCUUGUAUUGUAUCGCAAUUUGAGAAAUAUUUUUAUUUAAUUCAUAUUUUAGUUGUUGCCAUUCUAUAAGUUUCUAAGUGAAGUAAAACAAAGCUGGGCCCAUGUAGCGUUUACAUCUCAUAUUGUAUAAAUCAACUUAGUUUAAUUUAGAAUUGUAUAUUUAUGUUGUUUGGAUUAAUUAA